AUUGGCCUGAAUCCUGCACAAGCUGAAAACAUGAAGGGGGAGGGAUCCGAGCAGCGAGAAAAGCUCAUCAGCGUUGACGACAGACCCGUGAGAAGAUGGUUUUCUAAGGCUCAUGUGCUUGAUGAGGGAAACCCAAGACAGCUGUCGGCUCGACAAGAAAUUUCUAUGCUGAAGUUCGAGCAAGGUGGAUCGGAGAUCGACGAAGAUCGAUUGCGACGAUCGUUGCCAGACAAAGAGGCGCUGAGAAGCGAACAUCAUGGGAUGAAUGGGACGAGCGGGUCGAUUACCGUGAGAUAAGGACAAGGAUGGAUUUGUAAAUAGGAUGAGAUUUUUUCAUUGCUCAGUGAUAUUCUUUCUCCUGUCCGAACAGUGUCGGACAGAGUAACUGGAAGUAGCUCCAGAGAGUCUUAGAACUGAUUACAAACUGAAACCGC